CGAGAUUAAACAGUAUAUUUUAUUGGAAGUAGAUUUACGUCUACUGACUACUUUACACGCCUAUUUUUUUGUAUUUUAUUUCGUUUAAAUUGAUUUAAAAUAUUUAAAUAUGCCUCUUUUUAGUGGACGCUGUUAUAGCACCGUUAAAUUAAUUGGGAAGACGGCUAUUAUAACAGGGUGUAAUACUGGUAUAGGUAAAGAAACAGCUAAAGACUUUUACAAAAGAGGUGCUCGGGUAAUUAUGGCUUGUAGAAACCUUGAAAAGGCUGAGGAGGCUAAAAAAGAUAUAGAAGAAGCCUGUAAAGACUUCAAGGAGACAGGAAAACUAAUUGUGCAGCAAUGUGAUCUGUCCUCUCUGCAGUCAGUGAGAGAUUUCUCACAAAAAAUAAUUGAUAGCGAACCACAGAUAAAUAUAUUAGUCAACAAUGCUGGUAUAAUGAUGUGUCCAAAGGAAACAACUGAGGAUGGCUUUGAAAUGCAGUUUGGGACAAAUCACUUGUCUCAUUUUUUAUUAACAAUGUUAUUACUACCAAGAAUAAUUAAAAGUACACCGGCCAGAAUUGUUACAGUAUCAUCAAAAGCACAUAUAAGAUAUGAUAUGAAUUUUGAAGAUCUUAAUUAUACACAAAGAAAUUAUAGCGCUGCUGAGGCAUAUUCACAAAGUAAAUUGGCGAAUGUUUUAUUUUCGAGGGAGCUAGCGUCCAAACUGAAGGAACAUAACAUACAGGGUGUUAAUACAUAUAGCCUGCAUCCCGGUGUGAUAAAAACGGAAUUAGGCAGGCAUUUAGACAAGACAAUGUUCAGAGGGGCUCGCAGAAUUAUCGGUUUCAUAUUGAAUCCAUUUAUGAAGUCGCCAGAGCUUGGGGCACAGACUACCAUAUAUUGUGCAGUUGAUGAAAAAUGUGCUGACGAAACUGGACUGUAUUAUAGCGACUGUGCAGUAGUACAGCCCGACCGAAAGGCGCUCAAUGACGAAUAUGCUAAGAAAUUGUGGGAGAAAUCAAUUGAGCUGGUGAAACUCAAUUUCAAUCCUUUUACAGCAGAUUCAGUUAACACGAAUUAAAAGAGAAAUCAAGAAAGCAUAGAUGGCUGAAAUCGUAUUUCUUGUGCAUAAUACUCAUUAAUGUAUGUCGCAGCCAACUAGCUUAAUUAGCCGUUUAAUUAACAGCCUAGUUUUUUAACUAAACGGCGCCGUUUAACUGACGGCCUGAAAGAUAUUCAGCCGUAGCGUUUGUUACAAGAUUUAAUAAACUGGCUGGCCAAUGCUUAGGGCAUUCGUAUGAUAGAGUCAUGAUUUGGCAGAAAAAAAAGAUGAAAUAUAUGACAUAAUUUAUUUUUUAAAUUAAAAUGCUUGGGUUAAAUUGAAAUUAUUAUUGUCACUGUACUCUUCCAUUGUACUGUUUUUUCAUAAAACUAUGGAAAACACCAUAUUGACAGUUUAAAGAUUUCGUUUCGAGUUUGAGAAUGGCAGAAAGUGAAAAUAAAUUUAAAUUAACAGUCAACAGGCUCGGCAAGUGAUUAAACAUUGAUCUAAGUCAGCUAUUUAAUCAACUGGCUGAUUAUCUUUCAGGGUGUUAGUUAAACGGCUAGGCUGUUAAUUGAACGGCUAAUUAAGCUUGGCUGCGACAUACAUAUAUACUGUUCUAACACUCAACCCUCUGACUUAGCAACUAAUUAAUAAACUUGUCACUAAGUGUAACUUCUAUAUGUCAAAGACGUUUUGGAUUUUUGACAUUAUUGGCGUUUUUAUAUUCAUUUGUUAUUAUUUUACUCUUAGACUAUUGUAUUGUGACAUUCGGGAGUCAUUAUCUGGUGCUUUGAACAGUGGCAUAGCUAUUUUGGGUGGCACCCGGUGCGGAAGUUGAUGGUGUCAACCCAUCGACAGUAAAAUUUAUUUAUUAAAAGUUCGCGAGUAUUGGACGGGGAAUCCCCCACGACAGCGUCAGGCUUUUUUGCGGGAAUCCCUAAAUUCAUAGAGCUAGUGCUAGUGGAGGAAUGAAAAAUGCUAGUUUUUUAUUAUUAUUUAGCGAUUUUUGUUUGUUUGUACAUUGUUCUUAAAGCUGAGAGACCGGGUGGGUGUCCCCCAAAAAGGGUGACACCCGGUGCCCACCCCGCUUUUGCUACGCCACUGGCUCUAAAACUUGGGUUUGUGCUGACUAGAUUUAUCGAAAAUUAUUAGAUUUUAAGCUUACUAAUUAACUACCGUCCGAAAU